GAGAAGGCGUACUUUUUUGGCUUCAGUCACUCUCGAUUUUUAUUAUAAAACCGUCUAUUAACAUCCGCGUAUUUCAAUUUACCUAAUAAAAACCUAGAUCCCGAAAAAUGAUUAUGCCGAACAGCUGAAACUAAAAAAUGGGUCGUCGACAUCGCAGAUCAAAAGUGACACGUGUUGUCAAUCUAGUAAAGAAGAUCAUUGCAUUUUUCUUCUCCCAUAUUGGAUUAUGUGCACUUGUUGUUGGAUACGCUCUACUUGGUGCAGUAAUUUUCAAAGCUGUUGAAGGACCACAUGAAGCAGAGAUACAAGAACUAGUGAAAUCAGCUCGUGAAAAAGCAGUUGAUGUAGUUUGGAAUGCAACAUUUCGAGUUAACAGGUUAGAUUCUAAGCAAUGGAAGAAGACUGUUCUAGAUGAGGUAAAACGAUUCAAGACAGUUUGUAUGUUAUCAAUUCGAAAAGGUUACGAUGGAAAAGAAUACGGUAAACAGGCACAAUGGACAUUCACUGGGGCCUUUUUGUACAGUCUUACUGUAAUUACAACUAUUGGAUACGGAAAUACCGCUGCCAAAACUUACAUUGGAAAAACUUUAACAAUGCUCUACGCGAUUAUUGGAAUACCUCUUAUGCUUCUCUUUUUGACCAAUAUCGGAGAUGUCAUGGCAAAAAUAUUCAGGUUUCUCUACGCUCAAUCAAUUCGUCUCAAGUUCCGUCUUAUUCUUUGGCAUAAGAAGAGAAAAGCGGCAAAGAUUCGAAGGGCAAACAGUUUGGUUUCUCGAUUAACAAGAGGUCAUCGUGUUAAGGCAGAUUCAUCAGUGGAUUCAUUUGGUUUAGGCGCUGGGGCAGAUGUUGAAGACUUACUAACUGCAAGAGUGGAAAUGGAACAAUUGGAAGUUCGUGAAACAGCAGCAGCUCAACUGGAAAGUAUGACAGUUCCAAUAUCAUUGGUCGUUUUUACAAUGCUUGGAUAUCUAGGAGUUGGAACAACAAUAUUUAAAGUUUGGGAAGGAUGGACGUUUCUCGAAAGUUUCUAUUUUUGCUUUAUUUCACUUACAACAAUUGGAUUCGGAGACAAAUUUCCUAGCACAUCAGUGAGUAACACUGAUGAAGCACAAGAAAAAUUAGUAAUUACCAGUAUAUAUUUACUGUUUGGUAUGGCUUUACUUGCAAUGUGCUUCAAUUUGGCACAGGAAGAAGUUCAAAAUAAGACUCGAUGGAUUGCAGACAAAUUUCGUUCUAAGGAAGAUGAUGAUGAUUAAAUAAUAAAUAAUUUGUAUUUUUUCGUUGUAAAUUGUUUGAAAAAAAUUGUGAGCAAAAUUACAAAAUACUGAAAAACAA